AUGAGUCGCCAGCCUGUUGAUAUCGACUUAACUCUUCGUCGAGUUUUUGGGAAAAAGUCGUUUAGGCCCCUUCAACGUGAAGUUAUCCAGGCAGCCAUCGAAGGACAUGAUGUCUUUCUCCAGGCAGCAACUUCUUUUGGCAAAAGCCUGUGUUUUCAGCUACCAGCGGUAGUUGCCCAUGGAGUUACAAUCGUAGUUUCACCUCUCCUCUCGUUGAUGGUGGACCAAGUUGCGAGCCUUGAGGCUAGAGCAAUACCGGUUGCAACCAUUAACUCUACAACCCCGGGAUCAAAACGCAAGGAGAUUCUUGCCGAUAUCCUGUCAGGACAUCCAGUAACUCGUCUUUUAUAUGUGACCCCAGAAUUCUGUCAGACUGAAACAUUCAGGCGCAGUAUUUCAACCGUGCAUCAACAGGGGGAGCUCACACGAGUAGCGAUUGAUGAGGCCCAUUGCGUUAGCGAAUGGGGCCAUGAUUUUCGACCUGCAUAUAAGGCUCUUUCUUGGUUCAGGCGCGAGCUAAAGGAUCCAAUUGUCCCCAUGACUGCGCUGACAGCCACGGCAACAUCUCGUGUUCGUCAUGACAUAUUCACACUACUUGGUUUGGAUACAUGCACCUUGAAGAAAUUUAGCACAUCCUCAGCCAGACCAAACAUUCACUAUGAAGUGAAGUAUCUUCCGGAAUGCGCCUACGAUCUAACAGUACCUGAAGAUAACCAAAUAGAUCACUUGAUAUCCUGGCUAAAUGCAAUAAAUCAGCGUCGUCUAUCUCGACUAUCACAGCCAACCAAGGAUGCACAGGACGAGUCGGAUUCAGGUCCUGCUGCUCCUCCUCCAAUGUAUGGAAUUAUCUACGUGCCUCUUAGAGCACUGUGUUGUGCUAUAGCCAGCAUUUUAAGUUCAUCGACGAGUAUUAAGAUAAAGGCUGUCUCUUACCAUGCUGGGCUUGCAGCUACAGAAAGGGAGAGGAUCCAAGCAAUGUGGGCGGCACCUCACAAAAACCCAAUGCCGCCGAAAGACCCAACCAGGACAACUGAUACAAGCAAUCAGAAACCUCCACCCCCCGCUUUCUACAUUAUCGUUGCUACCAACGCUUUUGGAAUGGGCAUCGAUAACCCUAAUGUGCGCUUUGUUGUGCACUGGACUCCCCCACGUACCUUUGAAAGCUUUGUACAGGAGUCAGGGCGUGCCGGCAGAGACGGCUGUGCAGCCAUUUCUCUCGUCUAUUACAACCCGUCUGAAUGCAUACGAAUAAUCGACCGUAUUCGCCAAACGGGAGACUUUGCGAAUGAAACAGUCCGAUUGACAAGUAAAAGAACGUUUGAGCACCUCACUGCUGCUGAGAUGAAGGCUCGGGAAGAAGCAAAGGCCCAAAAUACAGAGGCUAGUUUAAGAAGUUUUGCAAAAGUGGUCAAAUAUUGCGAAACAACAGAGCGGUGCAGACAUGCUAUGAUUCGAGAGUUUUCAGACGACCUUGAAUUAGAGCUUUCUCGGGAUAGACCCCCGCCGUCCUCUCAAACUGCUUGCAGAUCAUUUGAGUCAAAGCCGAAGAGCCUCGCUGUGUGCGACUAUGCAUGCGACCACUGCAAAGAAGGGUCUGCUGCAUUAGCACAGAAGAAAAAAGCCGAGUUAAAAAUCUCUAAACAAUUGUGUGAGAAUGGAGAGGGAGAAGACGCCGCUUAUACUAAGCUAAACUUGUUGCACUUUAUGGAACUGUACCUGGCUAGGCGCGAGCCCGCCUUCCUGGGCGAUAUGUUCCCAUGGUAA